CGAUUUUCCUCGUCAAAGGAUUACGUGUGGUGGCCGGAUCCUUCCGUUUCGCGAGACAAUCCCUGGUAUGCGUAGUACGGGCGUAGGGCUCGUUCCAGGACUAGUGAAGGGAUCAAAGGAGGGUCGUCUGACCGCUCUUGAGCGGUUCGAGGGCCGGUGAACACGAAAGGGCGAGCAACCACCUUGCCGACGACCAGCAACCCUCCCGUCCGUCACUGUCGACGAACAACAGAACAGAUGUCCUGACAGUGGGCCCCGGGCCACCAGGAUGCCGACAGACGACGACUAUGGCCGAAGAGAUCGUCUCCUGUUGCACCAGCACCCGAUCGCACAAUACGGAUCCUCAUCAACCCCGCUUUCCGGAUCGAGCACGCCGAGUUCCGGCGGCGUGGGGACUCAGAUUGGUUCCAACAAUUUCGGUGAUUGCUUUAAGCAGCAAAUACAGCAACAAUCGUCUGACUUGCGUUCGGUUACGAGUACAGCAAGCCAAUCGGGUCAAGAACGUCACCAGUCGGACCAACAGACCCAAAGCAACGAGCAUGUCGGGGCCCGAAUGGUUGAUCGACACGAGAAAUCCGUGGAGAAGCCUACAAUUGAUUUCUCCAAGUGCGGAGAGAGUCGUCCGUCGAGUUGUGAGCGCUUUGGACAUUAUCAGACCCAAAGCGGCGAACAUGUGGGAGGAUGGAUGGGGGUUGACCGACACGAGAAGACGGUGGAUAAGUCUUGUAUUGAUUACUCAAAGUGUGGAGAGGAUCGUCAGCCGAGUUGUGAACGUUUCGGACAUUAUCAGGCUCAAAGCGGCGAGCACGUGGGGAAUCGAAUGGGGGGCGAGCGGCACGAGAAAUCAUCUGAUAAAUUGUCGGUCGAUUUUACCAAGUGCACCGCCGAUGGUCGACAGUCGAGUUGCGAACGUUUCGGACAUUAUCAGACUUCGACAUUUGGUCAGUCCUCGUUGCAGGGACACUAUGGCGGUGCACACGCAAGUGCUGAUCGUUUCACGCGAUUCAACGAUGUCAGCACGUUACACGGCGAACAACGGGCCUCGAACGAUCGUUAUUCGGUCUGCAACCCGGAGUUGCGCUUUGACACAAGUACAAGCGGGUCCAGCGAGUAUGCGAACACGAAUGCGCUCACGAGCUCUUUCGUUUCGGAGACGUUCCCAUCGCCGCCGUCCCCAGCACCGGCGAACGACCGCUUCGUCCCACCACCACCAUUGUCACCCAGUCCGAGCGAGAAGUACGCCUCGAGCCAGAGCUUGGCUGGUUACCCUUCUGCUGAUCGCAUUUUGCCCCCCAAUUCUCCGGGGCCCAAGUAUGGUGCCGACAAUGCCGCUACAGCAUCGUCGAUGCCCACCAAGGAGCGCUUUGCUUCCGCCGAACGGCUGCUGGCCAAUCAGCAGUCAGAUACAAGCGACGCUAAGGAUCAACAACGCUACGCUGGACCACCUGAUCGUCUGCUCUCGGGAUCCUCUCCGAUCCUGGGAGGACUUCAGGCUGGACUCCAGGGCAGCGCGGUCUACGCUAAAGAUACUCGCUACGCCGCCAUUUCCGCUGAUAGGAUAUUAUCCUCCUCGCCAAUACACGCUCCGGUGCCUGAAAGAUUUGUUGACAAAUCGGAAAGGUAUUUGGGUGAGUCACCCAUUCACGAUAGGUAUCCACGACAAGACCCACCAGCACAUCACGAACGGUAUUCGGCGAUGGCGACGACCACUGAGAGGUUCCUCUCGAAUUCGCCUAAUCCUGAGAGCGCGCAUCAGCGCUAUUCAUCGUCAGACCGCUCAUCACUUCAGACUUCCUCGAGCAAUACUGAGCAAAAUCGACGCCUCUACACCGACAGAGGAGUCGAGACGGUUUGCCAGAAGUAUACUGAUCGAUCCAUUGGCUCUCCAGCGUCUACUGACUUCGGUCGAUACUCAGGUUUCUCGGAAGUUGGCAGUCAGACGCGAUACGUGUCCAGUAACGAUCGUUUUAACGAUCUCGCUCUACAGCGUUGCAGUCAAUCGCGAUCGAUUGAUAGGUUCUCUAGUGAUCGAUACCUGGCUGGAUCAUCACCCGCACACGACGGCAGGCUAUCCAAUGCCGAGACGCCGCGAUACAUCGUUUCCUCUACUGAACGUCUGUUGGCACCGACAUCUUCUUCGUCGUCCUCCUCGUCAGAGACCGAUAAGUGCUCCAGGCCCUAUCAUUCGCCCUAUACAACGACCACCGGCACUCAAUCUUCGGCCUCCAAUGAGCGCUUUGCGUCAAUUUCGCCAACGUCGGAAGCGUCGAACGUCCACCGCAGCGGCAAUGGCGGUUAUCAGAAUACGAAGAGUACCGUUGACAAAUAUUUGGUCUCGAAGUCGGUUCAGAGCAACUAUGAUCGCUACUCGGUCGGCAGUCAGAAUGAUCACCAGUUUGGCCAAGAUCGAUACUUUACUACAGGCAGUAGUGGCGACCGAUUUCAGACUUCUUCCGGAACUGAUCGUUUUCACACUCCUGCUGAUCGCUAUUCGCCAGCACGCAGCGUCACGGACAAGUACCUGUCCCUGCCGAAGCCUAAGGACAGGUUCACCGGCCGCAUAACACCCAUAUCUUGUACCACCGUCGCGACGUCCUCUACCGAUCGCACUUACGGCUCGUCUAACGUGAGCUACGUACCCCCAACUGCGCACACCCCAGUUGAACGUUACGUGCCCCAACCGCCUCCCGAAGUGCUCUAUCCGGAUAGAUAUGUAGAUAGAUAUGUGCCGCCUGCAGCGCAUACACCAACCGAUCGAUAUGUACCCGCGAGCGAUCCAGGGGAUCCAUACAUGCGUCGCGACCUUGGCUUUCAUCACCAUUAUCGGCUACCGCCGCCCUCCGGUUAUCCGUAUCAGACGCAUUUCCGGUUCCGUGGAUUUGCAUACGCGACGUCCAGUCGGUUGGGCGGCAGUCCUGGGUCCAGCAGCUCCAGCAGCACGACGUCUAAUCAGCGCGAGACGUUCGCCACGUCGCCAUUGCUGAGACCCAAAGUGCGUGCUUCCGCAAUCGAAUUUGGUGCAGCUACAGGUGCUGCCGGCACCGUCGGCACCGCCGGCACUACGACGAUCACAACAACCGCUAACAUCGGUGUCGGCCGUCACGUGUGCACGAAUCCAGCCGCCUGUUGCGGAGACGUAUCCACCAAUGGCAGAGCCUGCUGCCAGAUGAGGAGGUCUUUGCCACCUGGAACACUACCAGCGAUACCUACGCAGACUUCUUCAUGGCAACCAUCACCGAGUUCCGGUACGACCGGCACCUCGACGAUAUCGUCGACGACCGGCGAAGGAGACGCAGCACAGAGUAUCGGAAUGUAUCCGGUGAGCGUCACGACAUCGUCAGCCGUGACGACGGCGACGCCGGUAACGACAGCAUCGGCGACCGUGCCGCUGGCCACUCCCGGCGUCGCCGCUGUAAGUUCUGGCAUUGCCAGGAGUGUUUCUGCGCCAAACGCACCGCGGCCAAUCGUCCAGAUUAGCAGUUCUUCGGCAAGUGCCUCGGCAGCGCAACGGCCGAGGCUAAAAAGGAACCAAAGCCGUACCGAAGCCAUCCGCAACUACAUUAGACGCGAAACAGCGCAGUUCUUCGGGGUUGAUGAGGAAUCGGAAGCCUCAGAGAAGCAGAGAUGGCUGGAUCGACGACGACGUAUGGCGUCGAGGAAGUACGGUGCACUCGUACCGGAACACAGGCCGCCGGAUCCGGACAUCACUCGGGACGUACCGGACACUACCGAGACACCGGAAGGUGUCACUCUCAGACGAUGGCAACAACCAGUACGGAGGAAAGAUUCUGUAGCGAGGAUGACGCUGUCAGGUCUUCAUUACAUCGUCGAGUCGUUGACAAGGCAGCGUCCUCGCGAGCGCUCGCAAUCACGUCCGGAAUCACGCAGCUUCCCGCCGAGCACGAUCGCAUAUCUGUCGAGGACAGAUCCCGAGGACAGGCCUGACAGCGGCCAGGACGAAGACGAGUCCUUCUUUGAGAGGCCCCCGCCGCCACCACCGCCCCUUCCGCUUCCGCCAUCAUCUCAACAAUCGCAGACACAAAUCGAUCAGACUCCCAGUCAAGGACUGGUCAAGGAUGAAGAGGUCGGCGUUAAAAUAAUAAAUAUUCUCGACACUACACAGGAUCGCGAGAGGAUUAGUACCGAGGAGUUAGUUGGGUUCGCACAACAAAAGGAUGACAGGACGACGGUCGACGGACAAGUCAGGCGACCCCGUUCGAUCACGAGGGACCACUAUAUUUCCAGAAAAACAAGUUGGAGCAGGUCGAAGUAUGACGCGCCUCCGGCGGAGGGUACAAGGGUGCCACAAGAGGAGGGAGUGACUCUUCGCAGCCGGGAAAUAGCCGGGGCCACGAGGAUCUCCCGCAGCACGAUCGAUCGGGUCUUUGACAACAGUAAUCGGCGACGAUACGGGAUGGGCAUUGUCGGUCGCUUCUUUGGACGAUCUUUUCGGAAAAGCGUUGCGCACAAACCGGACAUAAAGAAGCAGUUAGACAAUUUCGAGGAUCAUCGACCGUAUUUCACAUACUGGAUCACUACUGUGCAAGUAUUGAUUCUGAUAAUAUCGCUGGCGUGUUACGGAUUUGGUCCUGUCGGGAUGGAUCUCAAUCAUCGAUCUGGAUUGGUUCUUGUAACAAGUUUGUCGUUACAACAAGUCGACUAUCAAGAACCCGCAAACUUCUGGCUGGGUCCUAGGGCCGCAGAUCUGAUCCAUCUUGGCGCUAAGUUUGCACCGUGUAUGCGUCGUGACAUCAAGAUCCUAAAGGAGAUCGAUGUAUGGCGGGAAAGAGAACGGGAUACUGCUUGUUGCAUUAGGAAUGACGAUUCCGGCUGCGUUCAAUCGAGCAAAGCAGAUUGUUCUGUCCGGGGACUGAGAUCCACUGCUAUGAAUACAAUAUCGACCUGGAAGAAGUGGGGACCUGGAGACAGCGGACCUGGCGGUCGCAUCAGUGGAUCAGUUUGUGGGCUGGAUCCUAAGUUUUGCGAUGCCCCGGCAAGCAUCGCACCUUACGAGUGGCCAGAUGACAUCACCAAGUGGCCAAUUUGUCGGAAAACUAAUCCCUUUAACCAACGUUUCAGUAAAAACGGGGAUCAACGAGGCAACGCCAAUUUUCCGAUCGGUCGUUACAAGGAUAAGAUGGCGGAGCACAUGGUGUGCGAGGUAAUCGGUCACCCUUGUUGUAUCGGGAUUCACGGGAUGUGUCGGAUCACCACAAAAGAGUACUGCGAUUUUGUCCACGGUUACUUUCACGAGGAAGCGUCCCUGUGCUCCCAGGUGGAGUGUUUGCACGAUGUCUGCGGAAUGAUACCGUUUCUGCAUCCAGAAUGGCCAGACCAGUUCUACAGACUCUUUACCACCAUUUUUCUUCAUGCUGGAAUCGUCCAUUUGAUAAUUACGUUGCUGAUCCAAUACUUCCUGAUGAGAGAUUUGGAAAAACUGACAGGCUCGUUGCGCAUCGCUUUGAUCUAUUUUAUUGGUGCUCUUGCUGGGAAUUUGGCCAGCGCAAUAUUUGUCCCUUACAGGGCAGAAGUUGGUCCAGCCGGCGCACAUUUCGCUCUGCUUGCCACGCUGGUGGUCGAAGUACUGCAUUGCUGGCCGAUGCUGAAGCACCCGCGUCGCGCAUUAUCUAAGCUGAUCCUGAUUCUAUUGGGACUAUUGACGCUGGGUAUCCUGCCAUGGAUAGAUAAUUACGCGCAUCUAUUUGGCUUUAUCUUCGGCUUUUUGGCGGCCUACGCACUGAUGCCCUUUAUCUCAUUUGGCCAUUACGACCGUAGACGGAAGAUCUUAUUGAUUUGGGUCUGCAUGAUUCUGAUUGUGGGCCUGUUCGCCUUGUUACUCGCCCUCUUUUACAACGUACCAGUGUACGAGUGUGAAGUGUGCAAACUGUUCAAUUGCGUGCCGUUCACCCGUGACUUUUGCGCCUCCCAGAACAUCAAUUUCAAACGAGAGGAGCCAGUAUGACAUACGGAGCCGUGGUUCACAGUCGAGCGUGGAAUAAUUCCGCUCGUUCCCCGACUUUACGCUCCUCAUCGUCGCACGCAUCAUUACAAUAUUAUGCCAUUACCAUUCGCCGUGCUCGUUCUGACGACGCUUUUCGUAGACUCCCAAAAACACGAUUGAAGCCAUAAGAUUGAUCGGAGCUGAAUGAAAAAAGAUUUUUUUGUU